AUGGGCUCACAUACCCGGACAUAUUCUUGGAUGGAAACACCUAUAGAAUUACAGCAGCCUACCUUUGAGCAUGUCGACGCACAAAGGCGCCAGGAACCAUCCAUUUCGCAGUCUUCUUCAUCUCCCGAAACUUCGAAUGUCGCACCCUCUAUCUCGCCAUAUCCUGUAGAAAAGGGUCCUGGAGCUGGAAAUUUUGCCUACAGUAUUGAGCCCCCGCUAGGUCCGCACCCAGCAGAAUUUGCUCCGUACGCUGAGCCUAGUUUACCGGCUCAGGGCUUGCAAUCUGUUGAUGAGCCUUUAGCUGCAGACCGAACCCCCGUCGACGACCUUAAUGCAAAACGUGCACCAAUUAUUGUUCCCGAUGCCGAGCAUGCUCCGGUCUUCAAGUCAGCGACGUCUGAUGCGAAGCUUCCGCCCAUAAUUACCAAUUUUGCGCCAAUUUAUAAUCCACACUCUGCAACUGGUCCAAAUGGCUUGGCACUAGAAACACAUUUACCGGGACAAAUUGCUCAUCCAAAUAUGCAGCACAGCAGUCAUUGGAAACACCAAGGCUGUGAUUGCAGUGAUAUUUCAGUGUGUUGUGUGGGCGCUUUCUGUCCCUGUAUCAUAUACGGCAAGACUCAAUACAGGCUAUCGCAAAAGUCAGCCCGCAAAGAUCCGACAGACCUGCUAGGUUACUCAGCAUGUAAUGGAGCAUGUGGCUUGAUGGCGCUUGCUUGCGGACUUCAAGGCUUAAUCACGUUCAUUCAACAUACUCGCAUUCGUCGUUUAUAUAAUAUCAAGGGCAGCACAACUGGCGACUGUCUGUGUGCCUGCUGCUGCAUCCCAUGUACCCUAAUACAAGACGAGGUAGAGGUGCGCUCAAGAGAAGAAGGUAUCCGGCGAUGGGCGGGACCAGCUAGCAGUGCUGGCGGAGCAUCGGCAUAUGUUCCGCCAACAAAGAUGACAUAUCCACCGGCUCGUAACCCUUGA